AUGAAGCUAGAAGGAGGUCCUGGGCCGCGUCGUGGUAGCAGAGCGAGAAAGCCAACAAGCAAAGCUGUAGAUGAGGUGCCCGUUCUACUGCAUGAGGAACCUGUUAGUAAGAGGAGCAAGAGAGCCACUCCGUCGCGAACUUCGCGCGUGACGCCAACACAGCAGGUCCGAGAAGCAUCGUCCGAGCCAGAAGAGGGAGCAGAGGUAUACUGUACAUGUAGGGAGGGAGACGAUGGACAGCCCAUGGUGUGGUGCUCAGAGUGUGAAGAUUGGUGAGUGAGCUUCUGUCCAGGCUACCGUCCCCGUCGCGCCCCUGAGGCAGCUUUGCUGCUGCAUACGUGCUGCUCGGGGUGUGAUGGUAGCACGUAGUCGCGAGAAUCGGGAGAUGUCACUAAACAAACCCUGGUCUCCCCCACCAUAGGUUUCAUUUCGCAUGCAUUGGGUUAUCGGAGGAGGCUGCACAAGCUCUGUCAUCGUAUGUUUGUGAGGCAUGCUCAGCUAGGACUGGCAAGAUAUCUACAGGUGAGUUUAGCGCUCCAGCAAAUUGGUGCGAUGUCACGGAUCAUGUUUGGAGCUCCUUUCGUUUGCUUGGACAUGCUCCACGCGCCCCCCCCCUGUGAAUUGCACUGGUACCCUGCGCUGGAAUACAUCCAUGUCAGCGACGGCUUCAUCGCAUGCUCUCGCAUGCUUGAGCUGCUUCAUACUCUUGUCGUAUCUGCAUGGUAGUCAUGACUUCGUUCCGUUACCGGCUGUGAUGAGCCGACUUGCACCGUACGCUACCACCUCACUCGAUUGAGACCCAUGGUGCUGUGAAUGUUCGCAUCCUGGCGUCACAACACAUGUGGUCUGCUUCUGUAUAGUCGCCAGUCGAGUGGUGAUGGAGGGCUGGUCGUGUUCAGCCAGGCAUUGGCAUUGCAUCCACACACAAGGGAGAGAACGCUCCAUAGCGACGCUCCAGCCUUCGUCUAGCACUUUGGUGCCCGGCGUUUGUAUCUUCGCAUACGGCCGCUUGUCAUUGUCGAGGUUUGCUUCGUAACCUCGCGCAUCAAUGCUGACGACCACAACACCCUCAAUCUUCUUGCAGGUCUGGAAGCGGACGUACCAUCAGCUCCAGAGCAUGAGGCCGCGCGUCAUCAUCAUUCGCCUUCAGAUGCUGCCUCGCUGGAACAGAACGAGACACCCGAUUUGACUAAUCCUCCCGCAAUCUCUUCCAAGUAUGGCAAGACCGCAGCGGCAAAGAGGAAAGCUGCAGAGCAUGAUUUUGAGGUACCGAGUGGUCUCAACAGCGUCACAGACAAUCCUGAUGUGGCGCUUGCGUCUUCUAAGCCCGAAAUUGAAAGCAAGCAACCCAGUGUUGACGAUGGUGCCAAAUCUCCGCUCGAGCCACGGCCUUUGAAACGGGCCAAGGGUGGUGAUGAGCCGACCAAUGCAAUGGCAUCAUCCAGUCUUGCUGGCAAAGCUGCGACCAAACAGAUCGUACCCGCUGCGCAUGCAGCGUCCAAAGCGUCAGCUCAAGGUGUCGAUGCCCUUGCGUCUGUGCACCGAAGGUCCUCUGGAGCUGGCGAGAAGCGUGUUCCUUCGCCCGCGAGCGCGGCCGGCUCAGCUGCGAAACGUAAAACCUCGUCGUCUGAGCUCGAGCUUGCAAGGAAGGCACGCCAGACAGCCGUAGCCCUGCGUCAGCACGCCGUCAACCAAUUCACUGCGGUUGUACAAGGCUUUUUGAACGACGCCAAUGCCGCUGAGAGGGGUGUUGGCGUUCAGAACGAUGAGGCUUGCAAGCAGUACAACGAAGCGGCCGCAGUCUAUGCGCGGAUGCUCGAGCAACACAUGUGGAAGGGCAACGCAGAAAUCACCACGGCGGGAAAAGAGAGAAUCGCGACGGGAGGCAAGGCAUACAAGGAUCGUCUCCGUUUGCUACUGUUCAGCCUCAAGGACAAGGCCAAUAAGGGCUUGCACGCUCGUAUCAGAUUAGGCGUCUUGCAGCCCGACGAACAGACGGCUGUCAGUGCUGUUGCAUUGGCCGCCAUGACUUCCGACGAGCUAGCCAACGAUCAGACACGCGAGGAACUUGAACGUCGAAAGCGAGAAAAUCUGGAGCAAAGCGUGCUGGGCAAAAUGGCUGAUGUGCCCCGACGCAAGUUCACGCACAAGGGAGAAGAGGAUGUGGAAUUUGAUCAAGGAACUCGCGAGCGAGAAGCGGCCGACGAUCAGCUGCGUCUGGCGGUCAAGGAGCGCAACAAGACGGAACAAGAGGCUGCCGACCACCACUCGUCCCCUCCUGGCGCUUCUAACGCGGAGGCUGCCCUUCCAAGACUGGAACACCGUUCAAUAUCCGAAACGGCUUUGAGCACCGCGCACGCACUCCAGUCACCCUCGAUUCCUCAUUCCCAGCAAGUGCAAGAGAGGGUGUCUGCUUCACCUGGUACUCAUCGAAGCAGCGCCAAUUCUGAGCCUCCCCUCCCUCUCCCAGCUCGAGACUCCCCUCUGAAGGCAAGCUUCGAUUUUGGCGAUUUGUGGACAGGCAAUGACAAAGCUGGUGAAGACACGACGAAUGCGGAGGAAGAGCAGCAAGAUGACACGGGCGAUGGAAAGGAAAAGAUGGAAAAAGGAAUUACUGUUGAAGAUGACAAGGGCUCAAAUCACGGCGACGCAGACGACUUUAUCGAUUCAUUCUUGGGAAAGCGAGCAGAUACACCGGAACACCAGGUGGAUAACGGAGAUCCAAAUGUGGAAGCUCUUUUACCAAAGCAGCAUCAAGAAGCAGCACAAUCACGCUCCGUCUGGCAAGGCGCGAUCAGCAUGCCCGAAGUCGGCCUGUGCAGUGGCUCAGCUCAUCAAGUAGCAGGACCUUCGCUUGGCGAUGACUUGAGCGUCUGGCAGCUCUUUUUGCCAUCGGUGCACAGCUUUUUGGAAGGUCGUCUGCCUGCAAAAGUGGCGGCAAAUUAUCUGCUCGAAAGCCACAGGGCACCACGCAACGAGCUGGUAGUGCUUCAAUUCGAGCCGAAACUCGUCCCCGAUGGAUUGGCUGCAGCUGCAGCUGCCGUCAAGAUGGCUGCUCCACAGACGGAAGAGGUCAAUGCAGCUGCGUUCUCCAACUUUGCUGGGUGGUUCCAAGGCCGGUCUCGUUACGGUGUCUUGGCACCCGCGCGAAGCGCUCGCGGGCGGAUCAUCAAAGAUUUCUACGUGGCGCCGCUGCCAGCCCAUGCCGAGCUGCCAGAAUGGCUGACAGAGUCGGGCGCGCCUAUCGACGAGGCGCCGAGAGAGAAGGACCUCAUACUACUGGUUGCCGUCAUUUUCAAAGACACCAUCGGUUCCGUUGAUGGACGAAGUGCUGCCUUGAGAGACGUCAACAAAGGUCAUUCUUCACCUUACAGCCGUAUCCCGCCCGUAAGAAAGGACGGAGCUAGUAGCCCACGUGGGUUGCAUAGCAAUAGUCAGAGCCGCGCUGCUGCCAUUACGCCCAAAGCUCAUUCCCCACAGCAGGCUUCGAGUUCCGCGCAGCCUCACGCAGCCAGCAGCGUCGCAGCAUUCCCCGGCGGUCCGACAGCACUACAGGAUCUGCUCAAAGCGGUGGGAGGUGGUGCGCUCGCAGCUUCUGCACCUGAUCGGCCGGUGGUGCCAUCGUCUGAAGGGGACGCCACGCACGCCGACUUUGUGGCGGCCGCGACUGCCAAUGGGCACACCGGACCCAUGGCGCAACCCACGGCUGCGGCCUUGUCCCAGAUGACGGCGCCUGAUCUGGACAAUAUCCUGUCCGCCAAUCCUACGCUUGUCAGUCAGCUCUUGUCUAGCCUGGGUUCAUCGGGUCUGAGCGGAGUCGACAGGAACCAAUCUUCAACAAAGACUAAUCCCGGGGCACCACCACCAGGCCCCCCGCCCGGACCUCCUCCGGGCCCGCCUCCAGGCCCCCCACCCAAAUUUCCCUCUGAUUCGCCGUCCAAUCCAUCUCUGAGCCCGACUCAGGAUUGGCAAGGUUGGCAUCAUCAUCAUCACCAGCCUCAGGCACCAUACCCUCAAGCUGCCCAGUCCUAUGGACAGGGAUGGAAUGCCGCAUCCGCACCUCAGCCCAGCAGCUCAAACGCUAGUCGAUACGCAGCUUAUACUGGUCCUACGCACAUAGAGUAUCGUAAUGCGGCUCAAGGCCCUGGACAGGUCGACCAUGGCUGGGGCCCUCGACCUCCUCAACCUUUCAGAGGCGGUGGGGCACCGAUGCGAGCGCGAGGCAUGAUGAGGGGCGGUCGCGGUCGAGGCGGCUUGUGA